GAUAAUUACAAAACAAGGUCCUCUCGUUUUCAAACAGGUGACCAGGAUAGCGUCAGCACGGACGACAAUUAUCUCACAGCACCCAUGGCGGCACCUCCAACUCGUGGUGGCUCGUGCCCGUGAUGGUAUUCGGCGCAUGCGCGGGCCUUGUCUUGCUCGCUGUCGCCGCCCUGGGCACCACGUACACCUACCGCUCUGUCAUCGCGCGCAUCGCCGCAGCAGAAAAAGCAGCGAGUGAAAACGUUGUGGACUUCGGAAACAGGAGCUUCCUGCUUACGGAAGACGAAGGCGUUCCCGAGUACAGCGAGGACCGGGACGACGUGGCCGACGACGGCGCCAACGGACCGAGGCCCCGGAUCUGGUGCUUCCUGCGACGCCUGGACACGCCGCCGAGCAAGACGCCUCCCGGCGAUCGCCGGGUCACCACGGCACGCUCUAGCGCCGCACCGAGAGGCCUGUGCUCGGCGCUUGUCUACCAGGGGGCCCGGAUCGUGUGGCGAGACGCCGAGGCCAGCAUCGACGUCGUGCAGCCGUCCAACGAAGACGACCUACGGAGACUGGCGGCUCGGCGGGACGUCGACCCACUGCUCGAAGUCUACGUUCACGUGGCCAGCGACGAGCAGCCAGUGACAGACCGGGCUUCUGCCGCCACCUCGGCGAGCGGCGCUCGCUCUUCUACGUCACCCUCGGCGACGUCACAAGCGGCUUCCGCGCCUUCUAGGUCCUCCGCCACGACCAAGGAGGCGCUUCGGUCGCUCCUGCGCUCCCCGCAGGGCACCACCGAGGUGUUUGCCAUGCGCACCGCCCGCUGGCUGGUCGUCCACCACCUGGACGGUUUGGUCAUCGAGCUUGGCAGCGCCGUCAGCGGCGUCGCCACCGAACUCAUCACGCGCCUCGCCGAGAUGUGCCAGCGUCAGCUCGGGCGCAUGGGCAAGUCGUUCACGCUGGUGCUGCCGGAGUCGACGACUCUCUUCGCCCAGUACGACCUCAAUGCCCUGCUCACCACGAGGGGCCUGUACCCUAUCCAGCGGACACACCUGACCAGCGACCUCAGGCACGCCAGCUGUCCGGCGCCAUUCAAAGGGGCCUACUUCGGAAUCGAGCACAUCCUGAACCGGACCCGGUCGGCGCUGGGACGCGGACAUCGACGCCAUGGCCUGUCGCGAAUCUUCUUCAGCGUCAGCCUGCUCGGGGCGCACUUCCUGCUGGACAGGGAGCCCGCGCCGAACGAGAGCGUCGCCUUCGCGCCGGCAAAGUUCCAGGGCUUCAUGCCCUACUCGCAGGUGUGCCAGCUGAUGAUGUCGGGCGGGUGGAACGCGCGCGCCAACCUGGAAACCGACUGCACCGAGGCGAUUAGGGGACCCCAGUGGGUGUCCUCCAUCGCGCCUUUCUCAGGAAACUGGAUCAUCGGCCUUAAGGGCGCGAUUCGCGGUCUCGCCGUCUUCGACGUCGACGGAGACGACCGGGACGGCCAAUGUGGCGAGAAGCACGUCCUCUUGAAGAGGCUCAAGGACCUGCUGUCCUGAAGGCGCCAGCGAUGGCGGCGUCUUCACUGACAGGACAAGAGGGCGGCAACGGCCUCCGGAGUGACCUUCGAGUUUCUGCCGUCAAUGUAAACCGUCUGCUGUAUAUAUGCGUGCCGCUUAUACUCCCUUUUCUUGCCCACCUUUUCUUUUUUUUAAUACA